AAUAAAUAAAUAAAUAAAUAAUAAACACCUCUCCAGCUUUAGACGGAUGGGUUUAAUUUUCCAUAAAAAUUUUAUUGAGUAUAUAUUUAUUAUAAAUUCUGUAUACUUCUAACGUAUAAUAACUACUUGUCGUUUUUGUUGUUAUUCUCUGGCGAUUCUGGUUUAUUUAUCCUUUUUUUGUUACUUUUGUGUGUUGAAAUGUAGUCGGUGUUAUGAUAAUGUAGAUUUUAUCACCUGGUUGUUCAGCUUGUGGAAAUUUUCUACAGCGCAGGUGUCACAGUUUCUCUAUAAAAGGAUCAGGUUUCUUUCUCAGGUUCCUCGCUUUGUGUUUGUUCAGAGUCCCUCAGCGCCUCGUCCUCAACGUCGUCCAGAAGGAAUAAAACCUCUACACUUCCUCCAGGACGAGACACACUCCAGACAGAAGCCAAUCAUGUCGACGACCAGCAGGUCUCACGUGUACCUCGACAUCCCAGCGUUCCCACACAGCCACGUCGCACCGUACGCUGCUGAGGAACAUUCCAAGACCUUCCAAGGUUUUCCCAACAUGCCGGAGUACCUGUCCCGCUUCGACAUGCUGCUGUCCGAGGACACGGCCUGGAUCAUGAGGAAGACCGACACCUUCACGUCCAUCGACAGAGAAGAGGAGCUGCUUCAGUGUAAGGAGGCGGGGCAGGACUCUGUGAUUGACAGCACGGCGGGUCACCGGGCUCUGUGUGUGGGUCUGAGCGGACAGACGGACGUGGAGGACAGGGGUCUGGAGCAGGUACAGAGUUUAGUACUGCACGAGGUGCUGAAGGACAUCGAGACGGCGUGCAAACUCCUCAACAUCACUCCAGAUCCUACAGAAUGGAGCUCGGGACACGUGCAGAAGUGGCUGCUGUGGACGGAGCACCUGUACCGACUCCCGCAGGUGGGAAAAGCCUUCCAGCACCUGAGCGGGAGUGACCUGUGUGAGAUGAGUGAAGACGACUUCAGGCAGCGCUGCUCGCCGUGUGGAGACUUGCUGUUCGCCCACCUCGACAUCUGGAAGUCCGCCGCCUGGAUGAAGGACAGAUGUUCUCCUCAAACCAGCAGUUUAAUCGGAGCAGAUGAGCUGUGUGUUGAAGUGGACUCGUCCUGCAGCGGGCAGCCCAUCCACCUGUGGCAGUUCCUCCGAGAGCUGCUCCUCAAACCACACAACUACGGACGCUCCAUCCGCUGGCUCAACAAGGAGAAAGGAAUUUUUAAAAUCGAGGACUCGGCCCAUGUGGCUAAACUGUGGGGGAUCAGGAAAAACCGUCCGGCGAUGAACUACGACAAACUGAGCCGCUCCAUCCGGCAGUACUACAAGAAGGGCAUCAUUCGGAAGCCGGACGUGUCUCAGAGGCUGGUUUAUCAGUUCGUCCAUCCGGUGUGAGGACAUCAGCAGGCAGACAUUUCACCCCGGGACGUUCAGAGCUCCGUGACUCCUGGGUGGAGCGUCCAUGGACGUGGACGUUCAUUUGGACUUCAUGUUUCUGUGACUCUUUCGAGCGGGAAUAAAACUGAAGACGAGGACGAGACGUCAGAAACGUGUCUGAGAGGACGUUUACACCACAACGUUUUCAACUAAAAACGGAAAAAAUGAAAAAACGUUUCUGGGCCCGAAAACGCAAACUUUUGGAAACAGGUUUGGAAGUGCAAGUUUUUGAAAACGACGCCGUUGUCGUCUCCGUGUAAACGUACAAAAACGAGAAUCUGUGAAAACGAUGACGCACGUGUAUUACGUGUUCAGUGUACAGACGUGCGCGCGAGUACUUCAAACCAACGUUCAGCGUUCAACACGACACGACUGUGUGUGUUCCUCCAGUACAGUGUAGAUGUACUGCAUCACUGCUGCCACCAGCGGAGACGCGUUUAUCACAUCCUCCACAUCAUUAACCCACAGCUACACCCACAGCUACACCCACAGUUACACCCUCAUCUACACCCACAGCUACACCCUCAUCUACACCCACAGCUACACCCUCAUCUACACCCUCAGCUACACCCACAGCUACACCCUCAUCUACACCCACAGCUACACCCACAGCUACACCCUCAGCUCCACCCACAGCUACACCCACAUCUACACCCACAUCAUUAACCCACAGCUACACCCACAUCUACACCCACAUCAUUAACCCACAGCUACACCCACAUCUACACCCACAGCUACACCCACAGCUACACCCACAGUUACACCCACAGCUACACCCUCAUCUACACCCACAGCUACACCCACAGCUACACCCUCAUCUACACCCACAGCUACACCCACAUCAUUAACCCACAGCUACACCCACAGCUACACCCACAUCCACACCCACAUCAUUAACCCACAGCUACACCCACAGCUACACCCACAUCAUUAACCCACAGCUACACCCACAUCUACACCCACAUCAUUAACCCACAGCUACACCCACAGCUACACCCUCAUCUACACCCACAGCUACACCCACAUCUACACCCACAGCUACACCCUCAUCUACACCCACAGCUACACCCACAGCUACACCCAUAUCUACACCCACAGCUACACCCACGAGGGGAAUCAAAACCUUAUAACUAUCUGUAUAACUAUAAAAAUCUGUCUCCUUUUACUGCUAAUAAAAUAUAGAAA